AUGGAGAAACGCCCUCCAGACCCCCCUGAUCCUCCGGAUAGGGUCUCUUCUCCGGUGGAAUCAAUGGAUUUAUCCACCCCACUGUUGCCCCAACCUGGUGUCAAGCGCAGACUUGAUACUGUCAAUGAAUCUUUAGUGGAACCUUCCAAAAAACCAAUGACUGAUGUCCGGUCAUCUGUUGAUGACGUCAACCCAGGAUUUUACUCCCAUCCAUCUCUCACUGGCUCUCCCAAGUCAUACCUUGUCAAUGACAAGGGCCCUUUUUUAGUCCAUGUUUCUUGCCCUGAAUCUGACCCAUCCGCCGGUACAUCAAUCCGCCCAAUUAAAUUUGGUCACUUCUUGGUAAAAAAUAAAGUAAGUAACAUUGUUCGUGAUGGUGUUAAAAGAGUGGGACGUAACAGAAUAUCUGUUGAGUUUAAGUCGGGCUUAGAUGCGAAUAAUUUUGUGUCUAAUCCCAUUGUACCUUCCAGCAACUAUUCUGUUACGAUUCCUAACUAUAAUGUUUCCCGUAUGGGCCUUGUGAGAGGUGUCCCAGCUGAUUGGUCGAUGCAGGAAUUUGUCGAAACCUUGGAAAUUCCCGAAGGUACAGGUAUAGUCCUCAAGGCCAGACGCCUAAACCGCAAGACGAACUCCGAUGGUCAAAUUAAUUGGAUCCCAACACAAACCGUUGUUCUAACUUUUCAAGGUCAAACCCUUCCUGAGAGAAUAUUCUCUUGUCAUAGUUCCCUCCGCGUUGAAACGUACCAACUCCCUACAAUUCAGUGCCUUAACUGUUGUAGGUUUGGUCACGUAAAGUCACAAUGCCGAUCGAAGCCUAGGUGUUUUCGUUGUAGUCUAGCCCAUUCUGGUGAUGAGUGUAAUAUCCCUGAAACAGAGUCAUUAUGUUUAUUUUGUACUGCCUCACACUUUGCGACCAACAAAGCUUGCCCUGAACAUAAUCGACAAAGAAAUAUAAAGAGUUGUAUGUCUCAAGAGAGCAUUUCUUAUCUCGAAGCAUCGGCUCGGUUUAGACCUAUCAAUGGCAAAACUUUUGCAGAUUCUGUAAAAGCAACCCCCUCCUCUUUAUCCCAGCCCAUUACUUUACCUUCCCAAGUUUCCCGUCAGACUACAUCUUACAGGAAAACUGUAUUUCUCCCUCCUCGCUCUAGACCAACAUCAGGAAAAUCCUUUGAUAAGGCGGCCCAUGAGGCCAUUACUUCCAAUUUACCCUCCUCUUUACCCAAUGGUUGUGCCGUAAGCUCCCCUUCCCUUAUCAACAAUGAAGUCUCCCCAAAUGAAAAUCUUCUUGACUGCUUAUGGGCAGUCAUUUGUAAUAUGCUAUCCAAGUAUGAUGACAUCCCCAUACCGUCCCACGUUGCCCAAAAAAAUUAA